AUGACCUCGUUCGACGACGUGCUGCAGGAGGCGGGGCCGUUCGGCCGCUGCCAGCGGAGGAUCUUCCUGCUGUUCUGCCUGGUGUCGGUUCCGUGGGCCGGCGUCUACGUGGGCAUCGUGUUCCAGGGCUUCACGCCGGACCACCGCUGCGCCGAGCCGGCGGCGGCGGCGCUGGCGGCGCGCUGCGGCUGGAGCCCGGAGGACGGCCGCCGCCUCCCGGCGCCCGUCCUCAACGGGACCGGGGAACCGCGGCCCGACGGCUGCCGGCGCUACGACCGCGACUGGAACCGCACCGGCCUGACCUGCGACCCCCGCGAGCUGGAACCCGAACCCGGGACCCCCACCGCCGCCUGCGGCCACGGCUGGGAGUACGACUACGAGGGCCGGCGCUCCUUCGUCACCGAGUUCGACCUGGUGUGUUCCAACUCGUGGCUGGUGGACCUUUACCAGGCCACCCUCAACGUGGGCUUCCUGGUCGGCAGCAUCGCCACCGGGUACCUGGCCGACAGGUUCGGCAGGAAGGUGAGCUUCCUCCUGUCCAACGUUCUCAACGGCCUGAUGGGGAUCCUGGUGGCCGUGGCGCCAAACUACGCCACCCUGCUGGUCUUUAGAACCUUCUUCGGCUUCGGGGUCAAAGGAGGCUGGGUGGUGGGAUACGUUCUGAUCACGGAGAUCGUGGGGGUGGAGUACCGCCGGACGGUGGGGGUUCUCUACCAGAUGUUCUUCAGCGUGGGGAUCCUCCUGCUCCCCCUGCUGGCCUACUUCAUCACGGACUGGCGCUGGCUGCAGGUGGCCAUCACCGCCCCCUACAUCCUGUUCCUGUCCUACUACUGGUUCAUCCCGGAGUCUCCUCGGUGGCUCCUCUCUCAGAACCAGAAGUCCAAAGCCGUGGCGAUCACCGAGGCCAUGGCUAAGGAGAACCACAUGACCCUGUCCAAGAACAUUGAGACUUUGGCGGAUGACAAUGCCGACUCCACCAGCGCCUCCUUCAUGGACCUGAUCAGAACCCCGAGGAUGAGGAAGCACACCUUCAUCCUCAGCUUCAACUGGUUCACCAGCGCCGUGGUCUACCAGGGCCUGAUCAUGAGGCUGGGCAUCCUGGGGGGGAACGUCUACAUCGACUUCCUGAUCUCCGGCCUGGUGGAGUUCCCCGCCUUCCUCAUCCUCUUCACCAUCGAGCGCAUCGGACGCCGCCUCCCGUUCGCCGCCGCCAACAUAGUGGCCGGAAUCUCCUGCUUCGCCACCGCCUUCAUCCCCGACGGGAUGUUCUGGUUCAAGACGGUGGUGGCCUGCAUCGGCCGGCUGGGGAUCACCAUGGCCUUCGAGAUGGUCGUGUUCGUCAACACCGAGCUCUACCCCACCUUCGUCAGGUGA